AUGGCAUCCUUACAGCUCAGCACCGCCGAACGCAACAAGGUGAGAGCCCUGUGGGGCGAAGCCAUGGCGAUGAAAGAUUACAAGACUGAGCAAGUUAUCAACGAGUUGUUUACUGAGCUUUGUCACAGCAGUGAUGAUGCUAGAGAUUUGUUUGAGAACAAGAAGGUGAGAGCCGAGCAGGAGAAGCUCUUUUCUGAAAUUAUGGGUUUCACCAUGAUGUACCUUCACAAUCUCGAUGUUUUGGAUGAGUGUAUCAACGAAUUCAUUAAGGAAAACCCCCAUGUGGUGAGAUGUGGUGUACGUUACUUGGAGCCUAUGGGAGGUGUAAUGAUUCAGUAUUUGCGUAGUACGCUUGGACCACAGUUUCAUGCUGGUUUGGAGACUUUGUGGGUCAAGACGUACAUUUACAUUGCCAACUGCAUUUUGCAGAAUGAAGAGCUGGACGUGGAGCUGUUGCUCUCUGCCACUGGUGGCCGCUCGUCCGAAUCUGAGACUGAACUGUUGGAGGAGACUGCUCCUUUGAAGGUUCCAGCUAGAUCUGCUUCUAGGGCUUCUGCUGCUUCUCCACCAGUUGAACAACCACAGCCACAGCCAGAGCCACAAGCUCCUUCUUUCAAGAGCAGCCCACUUCCUCGUCUUCAGGAGGAAUCCGCCGGAAACAACACCAUUCAGAUUAACCUUCAGAAUGAAAAGUACAAGGGUUUCCGUCGCUCUGUCACUGAAAGCCCCAAGGAACCCGUCCUGGUGAAGGUUCCUGCCACUUUUGUCAAGCAGCCGGCUGCUAAGGCUCCAUCUAUGCCACAGAGCCCAAGACAGAGUCUGCCAGUGAGCGAAGGUCCAUUUGACCCACGUUCUAAGAAGCGUUCUAGCGGUGCUAGCAACCUUUCUCACAGCUACAGCUUUAACGAUGCUGUGGGCACUGAGCCUCAGUUGACUCCUCGCUCUUCUAGAAGAGACCUGGCUGCUCAGUUGCAAGAGCUUGGUUUGGGCUUGGACACUGACGACUUUGAAGUCAAGUCCAAGACUGCUCCAUUUGACCCUCGUCGCUCGCUGCACCACCGCAGAACUUCGUCUGACUUGGGUUCUUCUAUGGAGCACCCACUGCCUGAGAGUGCUCUGCGCUCUUGGUCUGGAAGCUCUUGCGAGAGCCCUAUUCUGGAUGUUGAGGAUGAGUUCAACUUGGCUCCACCUGAGGAGGACUACCGCCAGAAGCGUCAGAACCAGGUUUUCGACAGCAACAGUUUUGGUAUCAAGGGCUUAGCUCCUAUUGCUGAGACUGAGGUUGACGAGGAGACCUCUGACUACGACAACAGCCAGAAGGAUGGUUCUUCUAGAACUUCUUCCUUGUCUUUGCACAACCUGGACUACAAGUCUUCGAUUUCUCUGGGCCUGGGAUACUCUCCAGAUGUGGCUAAGAACUCUAACGGAUACGGUUUCCGCAACCACAACACGAAGAUGUCCCAGCUGAGCGAUAUCAGCUUUAUGCAAUCGUUGCCUGCUCCUUCUGCCACGGCAGCUUUCCCUAUGAUGCAUCGUGACUUUGGCUCCACGCCUUCGUUGUCCACCAGAUCGAUGUACACCCCAGGAAAGAGAGCUUCUUUGGGCUUCAUGCGUAGUUCGUUUGUGCUUAAGAAGGAGAUGGAGGAAUUGGGCUACAACCACGCUGAGAAUGUCUCUUUGCUGAAUGUUUCCAUUACCGAACAAGCUCCUCGUGAGGCUCUUGCUCCUCCAUCUUUGGCCAGACUCACAGCUUCUCGCAGUGUUUCUUCUUUGCCUUUGCAGCCAUCUGCUGAAGCCUUUGCCCCAGCCAAGGCUCAACCAGCUCGUACUCCAGCCGUUAAUGCUGCUCCAGCUGCUCCUCGUGGUUCUACUGACAAGAAGAAGAAGCACGGUUUCCGUGCCAAGCUUGGCUCUAUCUUUGGUUCUUCCAAGGAACAGAAGCAGCCUCUGAAGCUUGCUCACAACAAGAUUUCUGCUCCAAUCAGUGUGCCAAUUCCUCCUUCCUCCAAGGGUGUUCAGAAGGAAGGCACCAUCCCAGUCAAGCACCACGCUCCAGUGAGACGUCCAGCUAAGGCUCCAACUCCAGCACAACCAAGUCUCGACAUGGCUAGACGCGGUUCUAUGUGUUCAUCGACUUACGAUGUUUCUACUAUCAACACAACCAGCCGUGUUUCAGCAUCUGAUGUCAGAAGACAAAGCAAACAGGCUCCUCCUGCCGGUUACGCCGCUUCUGUCUACUCUAGACCAGUGGUUAACGACAACGAGUCUGUUUACUCGAAUGAACUGACGGUCUCUGGUUUCUCUUUCUUUAAGAGCAAGUCCAAACUGAGAUACGAGUCUUUUGAUGAUCAAAAGAAAAAGAAGAACAAGUACAAUGUCAAGAAGGUCCCUUACAAGACAGUCUACGUAAAGGACUUUGUUCGUUAA